AUGAGUGUGCAGAUCAAGUCGUUAUUAACCUGCAUCGACAAUUCCGGGGCGGCCAUCGUCGAAUGCGCAAACGUCCUCAAGAAGAAAGGAGCCGCGACAAUCGGUGACCGGAUCGUCGUCGUAGUGCAAAAACAGCGAAACUUUGGACCCGAGUCAUCGAGUGCGAACACGGCAAUCGCCAAUAAAGUCCGCCGCGGCGAUGUCAGGCACGCGGUUGUUGUGAGAGCCAAGCAGAAUAUACAAAGACCCGAUGGAAGUGUGGUGAAGUUUGGCGACAAUGCCUGUGUCCUGAUCAACAAGUCCGGGGACCCGAUCGGCACUAGGUUGAACGGUGAGUCUCUUUCGCAGGGAACGCCCAUGGAACUGAGCUGA